CCGCGCGGACACCACAGUUAUAAAGCCACCCCCCACCACCGCUCUGUCCCCCGCGCCGACCGAUCACCACACGGGCCGAGCAGAGGUCCAUGGAGGCGCACGCGGCUGCUCCGCUUCCUGAAAUGGCCGGCGCCGCCGCGGCUAGAUCCUGCGCCCGCAUGCGCGGUGCUCGCGGUUAGGUGCGCGCGUGCUCGGAGCGAUCGUUGACGUCUUUAGGAACGUUGGGUCAUCAUGGCCGGGAUGCUGCCCGGGGUGGAGUGCGCGCGGCGGCGGCGGAUGUGGCAGGGCGGGGGCGCAGGGGCGGACCAGGCGGCCGCGGGCACGAGGCGGCUCUCCUUCUGCCUCUACGCGGCCGGGCACGGCGCCGCUCACGCCGUCGGCACCGGCAGUUCCGGUAACAAGAGGAGCGGCCUCAUGGACGGGUGGGCGCUGGACAGCAAUGCCCGGGAGGCCAAGGAGAGGCUGGACCAGAAGCUCAAGAGCAAGAGCAACGGGCCCGACGCCGUCAUCAAGAGGCAUCACAGCACGGGGAGCAUCAAGGUUAGCAGAGCAAACGGAGGGGGCUCGUCGGCCGCGGUGGCGACGGGCGUGCAGCGGGAGGUGUACUCGAAGAAGGGCGUGAUGAGGCGGCUGAUGAGGUGGAGCCGGCUGAGGUGGGACGCCGCGGAGCAGGCGGAGUGCGCGGUGUGCCUGGACGAGUUCGCCGCCGGCGACGUCCUGGCGCACCUGCCGUGCGGCCACCGCUUCCACUGGGGCUGCGCGCUGCCCUGGCUCGAGGGCGCCGCCGCCGCCUCGCACUCCUGCCCGUUCUGCCGCGCCAAGGUCGACGCCGGCGCGCACGCCGCCUCCUAGGGAUACCCCAUCGGCUCGACUCCAGCCCCCGCGCGCGCCCCGGCGUCGCGCGAUGCCGUGAUCGGCCGACCAGCGCGCACACGAUGCAUGCCCUGCCACCGCCGGCACCGAGUUGUGACGUGCUAGUUGUAUCGCUGGAUCGAUGGCAGAAACCUUGGAAUGCGUGGGGAGAGAAGGCGGCCGUGAAAGAAGUCCUCGCCGGGUUAUAUGGUUUUGGGCUCAUCCGUGCACGGUCGAUUCUGCCAUUUCGGUUUUUCCGGCGCAUGGCUGCUGAUGAGGUUGUUUUGGCGGGUAUGUACAUGUAACGGUUGGCAAUGUCCGUUGUGUUGCAUCAUCCUCUGGUCAAGAUGAAAAAACUGUAGAUUAAGGACGCAUUUAAUUACCUGCAUUAGCUAGGAACAGACCGGCGCGGGAAGAAAGGAUUUGGACCGUUUGGUUAUCUGGACUGUUUGGCUUGCGUAACACGAGCAUUAAAGCAUCUUUGGACCGCAAACCAAUCCAUGAUUGAAUGGUUAGGAGAAAUGUAUUAUCCCCUGUCCAUCAGAGUAUAACUCCGAGACUUGACGUUGGUGCUUGCGUGUUACUGGAUUUAUUUCAGGUCUUCCGGUGCUCAUAGGGGUAAGGGUAGUGUGUGCGUGCGUGCGUUCAUAGGGGUGAGUGUACGUUCGUGUAUGUAAGCGAUUUCGAUUGUACUUUGCUAAAAAAAGUAUCUUUGGACCUGCAUUCAUGAAAA